ACGUUUAUACGCGAACUCAAAUUACAAAGCGAGACAGCAACAUCCCUCGUCGAUAACUCGCAGAAUAAAGCAUCGACAAACCCGUUAAAUGUUUUAUCUUUUAUUAAAUGGAUAUUUUCCCAAACCGCAGGUCUGGGAUUGCUCAGUAAUUCCCGGGGUUGUACAAAAUUACGUUUAUUGAUUGUAAUGUUUUGAAAUAGAAAUUUUAAGGUACCUGUGUGGAAAUUAAGUGGUUUGAGUAAUUUACCUUGUUUAUAACGUUGCCAAGCACUGGAGAUCGAGGGGCCCUUCUAUCAGCAAAAUAUUUUUUCCACGAUUUUGAGGUCCCAGCCACAAAAAUGACUAAAAACACGAAACUAAAGACCUAAGUACUACCAAGUGCUAUUACCAGCAUGGAUAUGAAAACUUUAAGAUGGAUUAUGGAGGGGAGAGUCGAAGGGAGCCAGGUCUAGAAGCUGUGAGGGCGUUGCAUCAAACUGUUGUUGCACUUAGAGCUGCCCUUGAGGAGAGUAAGUCAGAGAUUUUGCAGUUGAAGAAUAAGGCUUGGCCGAUCGAAACAGUGCAGGAAGCUUUUCAGAUUUUGACUUUGGAAAACCAUAUUCUUAGGCAAAAGCUGCUAAAAGCAGACAAUCAACAAUCAGGAGAACAAGAAACCGAUGGAAGUCGUGAGGAUGUUGGUGAUAAGCCCAAGAGUAUUGAGGAGGUAAAGGUUUUGGAAGUGGAAGAUUCUUCAAAACCACCAAACGAAACAGUUACACCACAAAAAGAAAUCGUUGCCGUAGACUCUUCGACAAAAACUGAAUCACCAAAAUGUAUAAAUGAAAAAUUAUCGCCAAAAGAGCACCAUUCUCUAGCCAAACCAAGUUACCAACUACUAGAAGAUACUUAUCAAUCGGAACCAAGAGUAAAAAAAGUUACUAUAGUAUCUCCCAAGCUAAGUCCCAAACGCAUACGUAACUUAGAAGCACGAAUUUCUAUCAAAUCCGAAACUAUAAGCCCAGGAAAUGUUUCCAGAUCUCUAGAAAGUCUCACCGUACUGAAAUCUCCGAUAGAAUCUAAGAAUAAACUAUCUUUCUCGAAGACCUUCAGUUUCUCGAACUUAUCUAGUCAUAUUAGCCGAGAGUUUCAUUUGGAUAUUGAUGAAGAGAUGAGCCAUAAAGAUACAGAACCGGCUGAAAACAAUUUAGGGGAUGAAGAAGAAAAUAGCGAAGUUCAUAGUCCUCAAAAUGACACGGAUCAAGCCGAGGAAGUCGAUGAUAUCGAACUUAUUUUUACAACGGAUGAUACGAAAGAUUCAGAUUUUAAGGAACAACUGGUCUCCAUUGAUGGAGGAGAUAGUAGAGCUCAGUCAUCUAAUAUUUUGCGGUUGCCGCUCAGCGAUAUGGAUCCCAACUUAUCCGAUCGCGAACUGGAAGAUGAUGUAUUUAACGAUAAUUUCGAAAACGAAAAUCAAGAAAACAUUAAUUUUCAGUCGUUUGACAUGAAAAGGGACAAUUCUCAGCUCUGUGAUUCAAGGUCAGAUACUUCUAUAAAUCAGGAAAAGAGCUUGAAGAGUUACUAUUCUUUACAAGAUUCUAGUUUCGAAAAUAGAUCGAUGGAAAAAGAUGAAAGUUUCGAUAGGUUCGAGGAAAGAAUUAGGAUUGUAGAAACUGAUAUAUCUAAAUGCGGUAUACACGACGUUGAAUACGUCGUUGGAAGAAGAAAUACCUGCCCCAAUCCUCUUCAGUACAAACCACUGUUACACAGAGAAGCACUUUCUAAAGGAUUAGUUCCUGGUAGGAAAACGAGACCAAUUUUAACACAAUCAAACGCAGUAAGAAAAGAUUCAGGUGCACAAACGGAUAUAUCAGCUCUUCCAGGCUCUAGUUGGAGAUCGGAAAGUAGCUUAGCUAAUAAAGCAAGACUAGGAGAAAAUUUCACCACUCUCCCUUCGAAACUACCACUGCCAGGAUCUCGGUUACGAUUAUCGGAAAAAACAGUAGAGGCUCGACGAGUGUUGCUCUCAGAUAUAGGGUUUACGAGCAUGGUUCCUGAGCUGUCCCGAUCUGCAGAUCAUCUAUUUCCACCAAACGUUAAACCUACUGGAGUGACACCUACAUACGGCCAGUUCCUGAAAACUACUGAUCUCUAUUCCCCUGGAUAUGCAUCUCAAAAAUUUACUUGGAGCGCCAACACAGCGACACCUAGCGAGGGAAGCCAAACUCAUUCUCACUACGGCAGUAUGUAUCCUCUGACAUCAUUACCAGUUCCAUCUAGACGAUGUUCUGCUCCCGUUUCUCCAUCUAGAAGAGGAGUCUUGAAGCACACUCCUUCCAGAGUCAGGUUCGCAAAUGGAUCGUUGCCGGAGCUUCGAGGCGACUGGGGGACUGUCGAUAGUGGGGAUUCUACUGACAGUUUGGUCGAAGAGGCUGAGAAUUAUUUAAGGAGAUCCAUCGAUUGUAUUAUUGGAAGAGAUACGAUGACUAGUUACAGUGAUACUCGGACCAAGACUGGCGUACGUCGAGCCUCGGCGCCAGAGCCAUCUGGCGACAACGUUCCACCUCCCGGAUGGUUGCCGUUUCUGCCGAGAGUUUCCAGAGAUCUCAAACUAGACAAUUGGGUGAAAGUAAUUACGUCAGAAGGAAGAGUGAAGGGUGGAAGAGUGAGAUAUAUCGGACCGGUUGUUUCGCAAACUGAGCAUUUCGUCGGGGUACAACUUAGUUGUCCCGACGGGUACUGCGAUGGUACUUACAAUAAUAGAAUGUAUUUCCAAUGUGAACCAUACCAUGGAAUAUUCGUUCCCUUCAAGAAGGUGAUCAUGGGAUGGAGACCAUAGUAAAGGAUUUAGAAGAUAUUGUUUCUCUUGUUCUACAAAUGUUUAUUGUUGGUGUUAAGUGUGCCAUAUUUAGGUACAAAACAUGCAAAAAAUUUAGAAAAAAAAAUCGGUGAUAGAUACUUUCUAGUCAAUACUGAAUGGGUUAUGGACUAUACUUUAUUUCAAUGAACGUUUCUGGUUUAGUAAUCAAUAUUAGAUAUAUCAUAAAGGGCCGGUUGUUUGAACGCUAAUCAAGAAGUUGAUUAUAAUCAAGUCCCCUUAACAACCAUCAAAUAACAAAAUCCGUUCGUACGCCAAUUAGUUGAUUGUAAUCAAUUAUGUUAAUUAUCAUUAUGAUAAUUAACAUAAUUGAUUGAUUAAAUAAUUAUUAAUUAACAUAACAAUUAUUAACAUAAUUGAUUAACUUAUCAAUUAAUCCCAUAAUUGUAAUCAAUUAUGUUUUCAGCAACUCAAUCAAAGUUUACAUUGACAGUUGGUGACAGUAAUUAAAUAUGUGGUAAUAAUCAGUUGAUUCC